AUGGAGGGCAACAGUGGUCUUCGGGACGCGAGGAUCCAGGAGCUCUGGAACUUAAGAUUAGAGGAAGAUGGUUUCAACAUUGUGGAAGCCAGUAUCGAUGACCACCGGAAAGCCUUCGACAAACAAGAGAUUACCAGCGUUGACGUCGUCGUCAGCUACUUGAACCGCAUCGCACAGUAUGACCUCAUUCGAGGGUUGAAUGCUUUCACAGUAUUCAACGACAACGUCCUCCAGGAUGCAGCAGCUUCGGACGCUCGUCGAGCACAGGGACUGGAGCCUCGUCCACUAGAAGGUAUACCGUAUACGAUCAAAGACAGCUACAAAGUCGCUGGGAUGACGGUUACUGAUGGUUCCCCUGCUCUCAAAGGCGUCAUGUCGAGCGGCGAUUCUGCCAUCGCGGAGAGACUACGAGCUGCAGGAGCGAUCUUGAUCGGAAAGACUAACAUGCCACCUAUGGCAGCGGGUGGGAUGCAGAGAGGUAUGUAUGGCCGAGCAGAGUCACCUUAUAAUUCGAAAUACCUUACCGGAGCCUUCUCUUCUGGGUCCUCGAACGGUGCCGCGACUUCUAUAGCUUCAAGUAUGUCGGCUUUUGGUAUGGGCAGCGAGACGGUGAGCAGCGGUCGAAGUCCGGCGUCAAACAAUGCCAUUGUUUGCUAUACGCCAUCGAAGGGAUUACUCAGCUGUCGUGGGCUGUGGCCAUUGUACAUCACAUGUGAUGUACCCACGCCGUAUGCGCGAUCAGUGGACGAUAUGUUGGAAAUACUUAACGUCAUCGCUACACCCGACGAAGACACGACGGGAGACUUCAUACGCGAACAGAAACAUGUUCAGAUACCUCAACCACCUUCAAUCGACUAUACUACCUUGCGCAAUGCCGAUGCACUAAGGGGUAAGAGAAUCGGUGUGCCAAAGAUGUACGUUGGUCAGAAAGACUCGGAUCCGUAUGCAAAGCACCCUUACGUCUCACCAGAAGUCGUCGCAUUGUGGGAGCAGACAGCCAGGAGUCUUGAAUCUCUGGGAGCAAAAGUCAUUUAUACCGACUUUCCUCUCAUAACGAACUACGAGAACGACUCCGUAUCCGGUGAAGCGAAUAACGUUGAUGGGCGGCCCGCAAACUGGAAUCUACUCGAACGAGGCAUUCUUAUCGCCCAAGCGUGGAACGCUUUUCUUGUAGAGAACGACGAUCCCAACAUCAAGUGUUUAGCCGACAUCAAAGAUCCCGCGAUGUUGUUCCCAAAGCCACCAGAUUACAAACCUGACCGAUUCCUCGAAGUGAGGAACUGGAUCGACUACCCCGGCCUGCCCAAGAUGGUGCAAGACGGAAGCAUACACGACAUACAGGGCAUGGAACAAGCUCUGAAAGCACUCGAAGCUCAACGAAAGCGCGACCUAGAAGAUUGGAUGGACAAGAACGGUCUCGAUGUCGUCGCAUUUCCCGCGCAAGGCGAUGCCGGUCUUGCAGAUCUCGAGUUCGAUAUCAACAGUACAACGCAUAGUCUUCAGAAUGGUGUCAAGUACUCUAACGGUAAUCGGGCGAUUAGACACCUAGGUGUACCCACCGUAAGCGUGCCGAUGGGUGUUAUGAGCGAGAAGAAGAUGCCCGUGAAUAUCACAUUCGCUGGCAAAGCAUACGAAGAUACCAAGUUACUGGAAUAUGCAUAUGCCUUCGAACAUGCGACAAAGAAACGUGUACCGCCACCACUCACGCCCGCGCUGCCAACCGAUGUCAUCGCCCACGCAUUUCCUUUGUCACCCGAUGACAAACCUAUCAUCAAAUCUGUAACAGCCGUCGUCAAACAUGUGGACGCUUCUACUUACGCUGACAACGAGCUUUCUCUGACUGUACAUGGAACCCUACACGAGCCUGCAUCGGAGAAUCUGGUUCAGGUCUUUGUAGAUGGGUAUGCGGCAUACACUGCGAUGGUCGAGAAUGCAGAGUGGAAGUUCUGGACUGCACAUCCAGUCAAGAGACCGGAAGUUCUGGGUUGGGAUCUCAAGCCACUCCCAAAGAGGGAUCUCAUGGUCAUCGUGGUUGUGAAGAGACAUAUGGGUGAUGAAGGGAUUAAGAAGGACGCGAAGUUGCUUUGGGUGCCUGUUGAUAAGGCUGCUGAGGUCACUAUUGGGGAUUCUAGAUAA